AUGGAUUCUGGGCCGCAUGAUAAUAUAGAAGUAGGAGUAAAAGCCGAUAGAUUGAGCAAUUUGUCGGAUGAUCUGAUCCAUAAAAUCCUUUCUUUUGUGAGCAUCAAUGAUACCGUCAAAACCAUGGCUUUGUCAUCUAGAUAUAGAUUUAUCUGGACUACCAUGCCUUACCUCAAUUUCGACUCUGAUGAUUUUUCAAGUUUGCAAAACUUUGUGGAUUGUUUUCUCCAACGUCGCAAUAAUCAAAUAGACGUGUCUUCUUUGUAUCUCGAUAUUGGGAUCAAACAGGUUACCGACCCAUCUGUCAAAAAACUUAUGCGUUAUGCAUUCUCUCACAAUAUCCAAAGAGUCGAAGUUACUUGUAUGCCGCAGGGUCAUUGGGGGAAGAGAUUUCAGCUUAUUGAAUUUCCUCUCUCGCUGUUCAGUUCCAAGUCUCUUGAACAUCUCAGUUUGAAUAAUUAUUGGUCGAGAGAUCAGCGAUUAAAACUUGAAGCCAUGUCAAUAUUGGAGCUCCCAGCUUUAACAACAUUGUAUCUUGAAGGUAUCACUUCCGCUAGUGAUGACGACGCCAACUGCUGUGUUAUUACUGGCCUUUUCUCCAAGUGUACAAACUUGAAGCAUCUCACCUUAAUAAGCUGUAAUACAGUAGACAAAUCAUCAUUGAGCAUUUGUCAUCCUGGACUAUCUAAUCUCACUCUUUAUAAUAUCAGAGCAUGGUCUGUUAAUGUGGUUGCACCGCAACUCGAGAAUCUCACUAUUACAGACGACGACGACUGUAGUAGUGAUGGUAUGCUGGAGUAUGUGAUUUCGGCCCCUAAUCUUGCCUCCUUGGCGUAUAGAGGUCGCUAUCCUUUGCACCUUUCGACAGAUGGUUUCCAUUCUUUGAAGGAGGCGGAUAUCCGGGUUUUAGCUGAUCCUCUAGAUGUUAAUGAUGCUCCUCAAAUGGUUGGUCUGCUUCAACAGCUCCACAAUGUCAAAUUUCUUAAACUUAACCUGGAGAUUAUUGAGGUAUAUAUAUCUUAA